AUGGACCUCGAACUGCUCCUCAACGCUUCGGACGAGGACUUGUUCGACGUCCCGGAGUCCCCCGGCGUCCGAUCUUUCCGGCAGCCUCGCCUGCGCUCCUCGGUUUCCCUCAUCCCGGCCUCUCAGCCCUCAUCCUCCGUCGACGACAGUAUCUUCGAGCCCUCGAUCCCCAGUGGCUCCAGGGGAAGGUCCCGUACUCGGUGUCCGAAGGUAGCUACUCAUUCCCGACGCUCACACCAGCCUCGCUCGAGAUCCUGGAGCCCGCCCAAGAGGAGCAGCCACCGCGCGCAGUGCUCUCCUUGCCACCAGCGUACCGACCGCUCCUCGGCCCCAAACAUGUCCGAGUGGACCGUCGCUCGCUUAAAGCAUUUCCUCAGCCAAAAUAACAUUCCCUUCCACCGCACCGACAAUAAGGCAAGACUGUUUCAAUUAUACACAAACUCCCUGCAGGACAGCACUCUCUCCCGUCCAUCGUCCCACGAUCUUCAGGGUUCCCGGCGUCAUGUGCGCGACGACGUCCAUGACGUCAUGGCACGUCGCUCCACCAGAUGCACACCUUCCUCCUCACCAACCUCAGCCUCUCCAGUACAGUCUGCCUCUAACCCUAUGCAGGCUCUCUCUGCUCCACAGCCAUUUCCUCCUCCUACUUUCUCUUCAGCCGCACUUACAUCCCAUGCAUAUACAUCCCACCUCCCCAGCAUCCCUUCCUCCUCUCUGGCUCCUAUCUCUGCUGCCCCUUCCCUCCCAGCCAUCUCAGCCGCUCCUCCUACCACACCAACCACGGCAGCUGGUCAGACAGCACAAACAACAGCGGGCCCCAACAGCUCCACGAGUUAUACCCAACCUUUUCCCCCUCUUUCUUCUUUUCACCCUCCCUGCCUCAUUACUACUUAAUGAUUACAUUAAUUCUCGACCUGGCCUUGCGUUUCGGCGGCAAUGGAUUCUAUUCCUAUCAUAUCCUCUUCGCCUCCCAAGCCGCCGGUCGCCUCCAACAGUUCAACCAGGGCACGUACUAGGGAACACUGGACCACAAGCUAUACUGCAGAGUUUUCGCAGCUCGCGCUUCUCUGCACUGCGAAACGUGCGGCGCCCCUUCCCAUCCCGCC